AUGCGCUCCAGCUGUCAGCAGAUGUUUCAGGAGACAAAUAUGAAGGUGGAGGGGAGCGUGUUCCUCACACACACACACAUUCCUGCAGGACUUUUUAAGUGGAAGCAGAUGAAAUCUGAGCUCCUUUAUGUAAGAGGAUUCACUUCGCUUGUUUGUUUGCAUGUGAAAUCCUCGACACAGGAUGUAGAGGACGUGAAGGAAGGUCACCUGCUCUCCCACACGCUCAUUAUUUCAGACAGCAGCACAAUAGAGCCGCACUCAUUCAGCUUCUGCAGAGCCGAGAUUCACUCCAUCUCAUUCACAACACCCACAUCCUUCCCAAACACAUAUCUGUGCUGUAUCUGCGUCAUGCACACCCAAGUCAAGCACAGCGCUGCACUGGUGGUUCGAUUCUUGACAAAACGAUUCAUCUGGGAGUAUGACCCGACACUCGAGUCCACCUACCGCCAUCAGGCCAAUAUCGAUGAUGAGACCGUCGGCAUGGAGAUUCUGGACACGGCCGGACAGGAGGACGUGCUUCAGAAAGAGGGUCACAUGCGUUGGGGCGAUGGGUUCAUCCUGGUCUAUGACAUCACGGACCGCGGGAGCUUCGAGGACGUGGCUCCGCUGAAGUGCCUCCUGGACGAGGUAAAGCGGCCCAAACACGUGCCUCUGGUGCUUCUGGGAAAUAAGGCGGAUCUGGAUCAUGCCCGGCAGGUGGCCACGGAGGAGGGCGAGCGGCUGGCGGCGGACAUGGCCUGUGCGUUCUACGAGUGCUCGGCGUGCUCGGAUCAGGUGGGGACGGGUGGAGGUGUGGCGGAGGCGUUUCACGAGCUCUGCAGGGAGAUCCGCCGCAGACGCGCUGUUCAGGGCAAGACCCGGCGCCGCAGCUCCACCACACACGUCAAACAGGCCAUCAACAAGAUGCUGACCAAGAUCAGCAGCUAAAGACAAGACUGCAGAACAUGAGCUUCCUCCUCAGUAUCUCCAGUACAAAGAUCUACACAUUCUUAAAGCGAUAGUUCACCCAAAAAUGACAAUGUGCUAUAAGUUUGCUCACCCUCCAAGGCCAUCCGUGCUCAGGAUGAGUUUGUUACUUCAUCAGGUUUGUAGAAAUGUAGCAUUGCAUCAGUGUCUCAUCAAUGGAAGCUAUGUAUUACGGUAUUUGAGUUAAAAACAUCUUAAUGCUGGAUGCAUUUCAGCUUUUGUCUUCUCCAGAUGUUAACUGUUGGACUGGAGUGCUGUGGAUUAUUAUUGUGAUGUUUUUUUCAGCUGUUUGGACUCUCAUUAUGACGGCAGAGCAAGUGAUGCAAUGCAAAAUUACUCCAAAUCUGAAGAAGAAACAAACUCAUCUACACCUGGGACCUGGGAUUAUGGACUGCACAGACGCAUCAGUGCCUCGUGUUUCUCCGUCUACAUGGUGUGUUUUCUCAGCGUGUUUCUCCACAGUCUGAGGCCUGCGGCUGUAUAUUUGUUCUUACGCCUGAACUGAAGGAUUGUGUGAAACGUCUUCACAGAUAUCUGCUUCUCAGAUCUCUCGCAUCUUGACCUAACAGAGAUGUUUUGAGUCGUCAAUAAAGCACUAUCAUGAUCGCAGCUCUCUGACUUCAAACGAGGAUGCAGGAAUGUCUCCUGAUGCUAUCUCUGAUGUUUCAGGACAGAUCAUGUCCACAUGUUUGUCUCCUUCUACUCUCGACUGACACAGGCUCCUGUAAACACGUGGAGAUUCCUGCUUUAAUGACUCCAGAGCUCUGUUUAUGUGUACAGUACAGUAAAGCCGUGUAUUUCUCUGGAGAUGCCUCUGCAGAAAUGUGUGUAAACCUGGUGCAUAUGAAAAGAAAACAGCUGCUGGUUUGCA